AUGGUUUCAGCUUCGUCGUCUUCUCUCUUUUCGAGUCUCAAAUCUCUCUCGGAGACCCAAACCCCGAAUCCUAUGAGACUUGCCGAUGCCCAAUGUGGGUAUGCUCUUUCAGAGACUCCACCAAAUUUGGACUCAUUAUUUCAAAUCUCCAAUUCAAAUUUGUUUCCGAUAGUCCGAUGCCGGCGAAACUGGAAGAUCGGCGAAGGCUCAGUCGAUAUCCAAAACCUCGAUGACGAAGACAACCUCUUCGAAGCGAUUGAUAAGCGUUUUCUGUACUUAGCUGAUACCGAGAAGGAGAAGGAGUGGAUCAACAUUAUCGGAUGGUCACUGGUCCAACACUCUAUAUCGCUCGCCGAUUCUAAGGUGACAAUGAACUCUAAAGUUGAGGCUCCAAAACCUUCUCUAACACCAGAGCAAUUGAAAGCCAGCAACAUAAGCUUAGGUUGCUGCUCUUUCCGCACUUGGAGAACAAAGCACAACCAACCACAGAAUUCAAUAUGCUUGUUGCAGCUAAAGGCAGCAGCACUUGGAGAACAAAGCACAACCAACCACAGAAUUCAAUAUGCUUGUUGCAGCUAAAGGCAGCAGAAUGUCUUGGUCCAUCAACUCUAUUAAGAUACUUUAGGCCAAAAUGUCA